AUGGCGACAUGUCAAAGUGCAUGUUUCGAUAUAGAAUAUUAUGACAAUUUUUGUAAUUUAAAAAUUGUGAAUAUUGACACGAAGAAAUAUGCAGAACGAUCAGGAAAUUUUUCUUCAUUUUUAAAAGCACACUCACAAAAAAACAGCAUUUCAUUGUGUAAGCAUAAUGAUAAAAAAGUUAAUGACAACAGGGACAGCUUGUAUGGAGGAAAAGAAUAUUUAUCUUUAUUAGGAAUCGAUAUAGCAUUUAAAAAUGAUUUUAAAAUUGAUUUAAGAAAUAAAAAUUAUGGGAUGGGAAGAACUGAGUUUUGUAAAAUCAAAAAAGAUAAAGGCAAAGAAGUAAAUGAAAAUAAUAUAUUCUCUAGUAUUGUUGAGGUUGAGGAACACAAAGGUGUAGUAUUCUGUAAACUGAGUGUUGGUGGUAAUAUUAGCGAAGAAUACAGGAAUCCUGGUAGAAGAAGUAAUCUGGACAAAACCUUAGCAUGUGUACGUCCAAGACGAAUAGACAAAAAAAUAAAGUAUUGUGAAGGUAAUAAGAGGACUGUGAAUCUUAAGAGAAAUUAUGGUAGAGGUAUAAGCGGUAUUAUCAUAUUGAAACAGCUGAAUAAAAAGAAGAAGAAAAAGAAGAAGAAAAAAAGGAAAAGAAAAGAAAAGUUCAAGGAAAGUAUUUGUUUCCCAGUGUAUGAUGCAUACAAAAUUUCAAAUUGGGGGGCAAUAAAAGAUACACAUAUAGGAAAUAAUAAAAUUGUGAAAAAUGUUAAUAGUGUAUGCCCUUCCCCGAAGGAGUUGUCACUUAUACAAGAAAACACAAAAGAGGAUAUAACAGAAUUAGCAAUAAUGAAAAAUACCAAUAAUUCAAAAGAUAAAAAUAUGAUUAACAGUGGGAAUAACAAGAACUUAUGCAAAAUGAAACGAAUUUAUAAUUGCAAAAAUAGGAGAAAUAUUUUUAGAACCAAUGUAAAGAUAAACAGAUUGAAAUGCUAUAUUAUGAAAAGAAUAGAAACAUUAAAAGAAUUGAUGAUAGAAGAAAAUAUAGCAUAUACUAGGAGAGCAAUAAAUAACAAUAUUGACCAUGAUAAUGAAUUCUCAUCAUCUAAUAGAACAAAAGAAGUAGAUAUCGCUAUUGAUGUUGACGCAAUGGAUAAGGAUGUAUUUGUGAAAAGCAGGAAAAGCACUUUUUUGAAAGAAACAUAUUAUUUAAUAUAUAAAUUUAAAAGAACGUUAAAAAGAUAUUUGAAAAAAUAUUUACAUAAAAAAAUUUUAAUUUUAAAAGAUAUCAAUAAAAAGAAAAGAAACACAACGAAUGAGAAAAUGUUACAUAAUUAUAUUAUCCAAUCAACUUCUGAUCAUGUUCGUAAAAACAUUGAUGACUAUUGUAGCUAUGUAGAUAAAUAUGUAAAGAAAUUUUUUCAUUCCUAUUUUUUCAUUUUACUUAAUAAAUUUUUUAAUUAUUACUUUUGUCGAUACAAUUGGAAAUAUAUAAAUUAUGCCAAUAAUGAUGCAGGGAGAAUGAAGGCGUUUGACAGUAAAAGAAUUUGUUAUUCUAAAAAUUCUCAUAAUUCUAAAUAUGCUACCAACAAUGAUGAUGAUGCUGAUACUGAUGCUGAUACUGAUGCUGAUACUGAUGCUGAUGAUACGUCAUAUAACAGGCACAAAUGUUCCUCCACCUUUAGGAAAAAAAUUUUUUUUUCUUCAUUGGUAAAUGGGAAAAUUAUCAUUGAACAGGAAGACAAGGAGGUUGUAGACCAAUGCUACUUACACCCUUUAUCACCCUCAAGUGUAAAUCACAAUAGAAAAGUGGAGAUCGAUCAAACUCGAAAAAAUCCAGACGAUGUUUUUUAUAACAGUUGCUUUAACCACACAAGGUCCUUUUCAUCAUUCACAGAGGAAAGUACCAUCGUAACAGAAACUGAUUUUAAUAUGAUAUAUGCGAAGCAUGAUGAUAAGCUGAAAAACAUAUGUGUAAUUGAGAAAACCAAGAAAAAGAAAGUUUUGUUUAAUGAAACUGUAUUUUCUGGAAAAAAUGGCGUCCACCUAGAUUGCACAUAUACGAAUGGUAGCAGAAGUGUAAUAAAAUGUCCAAUGUUUCAUAGUGAUAGAAUUGGUGCGAUCAACCGCAGUCUUAGCUCGAAUUAUUGUACGUGUUAUGGAGGUAGGACUGAUGGGUCUAUUUGUGGGAACAAGGAAAACAGUGAAAUUGAAUGCAACAAGGGGGAUAACUCUGGAAAAAGUAGGGAUAUCGCUAACGAUGGAAAUAAGGGCUGUACUGACGAUGGAAUUGACCAGGGAAGUAACCAUUGCACAAACAGUGAGCAUGGUGAUAGCAGUAGUGAUAAUCAAAAGAAUGGUAGCAACAGGGAGCAUGGUGAUAGCAGUAGUGAUAAUCCAAAGAAUGGUAGCAACAGCGAGCAUGGUGAUAGCAGUAGUGAUAAUCCAAAGAAUGGUAGCAACAGCGAGCAUGGUGAUAGCAGUAGUGAUAAUCAAAAGAAUGGUAGCAACAGCGAGCAUGGUGAUAGCAGUAGUGAUAAUCAAAAGAAUGGUAGCAACAGGGAGCAUGGUGAUAGCAGUAGUGAUAAUCAAAAGAAUGGUAGCAACAGGGAGCAUGGAAGUAGAAGUGGAGGAAGCAACAACGAGAGGGAAAAAAACUAUGACGACAAUGGAAAGGACAAUGGAAAGAACAAUGACAAAGACAGUAGAAAAGACAGUGGAAAGGAUGAUGGUAAUGACAGUGGAAAGGAUGAUGGUAAUGACAGUGGAAAGGAUGACGGUAGUGACAGCGGAAAGGAUGACGGUAAUGACAGUGGAAACGACAGUAGCAACGACAAUGAUAAGGAGAAAGAGGAAAAAGAUAAAAAUCGAAGGGGGGAAGUGAUCAAAGAUGAAAGAAAGGAACAAUGUUGUAUGAAUAGACAGGAUAGUGGACACGAAAAUUACUACAAAUUGAUUAGAGAAAUUGAAUUUUUAGAAAAAAAUGAAAACAUGAAAGAAUGCAUAUCCGUGAAAAAGAAUGAUUCCUUAGAUGCUACAGCAGAAGGGGAUGAGCAGAAAAUGAAGUUGUUUGUUGUUGAAAAUUGUGCAGUGAAACCUGAUACACCUGGAACAGAGAAGGAAGAUGAUUCAAAUAUGAGAUUGAAUAAUUCAUCAAAUGAGGAGAAUCAAAUUUUAAACAUGAAUCAGAUAACAAUACACACGUCUAGUCAUGUUAGUCAGCCUUUAAAAUUGCCUCUAUUACCAGAAAUGAGUCAUCCGAAUUCAUUUUCGUCCCAUUCCCCGCGAUGUAAUAGUGCAUGUAGCAGUGGCAGCAGUAGUGGUAGUGGUAGUGGCAGCGGUAGUGGUGAUGGGGGUGGUACAGAUAUUUGUAGCGAUAGUGGUAGCUGCAGCAAUAGUAGUGGUAGUGGUGUGCACAAUAGUAACAGCAAUACGAACCAAGGAAAUAGCAAAAGUUUCCCGAAUCAAUUGAAUGAUCCUGAUUUUGAAGAGGCAUGUGAUAUUAGACUUAUGAACACACCAGAGAACAUGAAAUUUUCACAAUCACCUCCUACAAGUUCUUUGCAUGCAUCAUCUUUGCAUCUAACUGAUGUGAAUGAGUUAGUUUUAUCACCAAAUCAACAAAUUUAUUCAAAUAGCCCUAUAAAAUCACCCAGCAAUACGCCUCUAUCUCCUGCUUCCCCGCUUUUUGAAUCUAAUUAUAAUGAAGAGAAUAUAGAAAAAGUGAACUCGAAUUAUUUAGUUUCAUCACCAUAUAGAAAUGACAUAUUUUCAGAAUUCGACAUGUUGGGUUCAUUUUUUGAAUCGUUGGAUGAGCUAGAAAAUAAAAGUGAUUAUACAGAGAGUAGUAGCAAUGAAAAUUCAAAAUUUAGUAAUGAUUUUUCCCUAGAUAUGUGUAGUUCUAAUAAAGGGAAAAAAAGAAAUAUACAAAAAGAUGAAGUCAUUUACAAUUUUAAGAGAGACAAUUACAAAAAGGUAUUCCAUGCAUGGUGUACCAAAGGUAAACACGAAUUGAAUUACGACAACAAAAAGUUUAAUUCUGUUAUGGAAUGGAUAAAUUAUAUAGAAGAAUUGAUGUCUCAUGAAGAGCUAAAUGAUAAGAAGGAGGGAGAAGCACAAGAUCCGCAACCUCAGCAACCGCAGCAACCGCAGCAGCAUCAAAUGGAAGAGAGGGGACAAUUGCAGGAGCAGCAACUGGGCACCGAAAUAAAACAGGAGCAAAAUCGUGGAAAACAGGGCGAGCAGGAACAGGAACGUGGAAGAGAGGAUGAACAGGGGCGCGGACGAGAACAUGCACAAGAACAUGCACAAGAAGGAAUGAUCAAAGUAGACUUAAACCCCACCUUUUUGAAUGACGAAAAUAUGUACCAGAUGAAUAAUAGCACUUUUCACAGUGAUGAAUAUAUACCCAUGGGGAAAGAAAGAGAAUCCCUUGGCAUUGAAGUGGAUUAUGCAGUUGGUGCUGAAGUAGAUUACGGGGUUGGUAUCAGAGAUAAUUAUUCUUCUGGUAUCGGAGUUGAUUGCUCGGCUGAUAGUGGAGUUGAUUAUAUGGUUAGUAGCAUGGCCGAUUACAUGGUUAAUAGCAUGACAGAUUAUACGGUGAGAAAUAAUGGACUUGGGAACGACAGUUCUCAAGGAGAAUAUUAUAAAGAUAGUGGUGAUAAUAUGGAGGAUAUUAAGGGGGGUAAUUGUGACAACAUCUUAGACAACCAAAAUAUGAAUGUGGAUUUAAAUAACACAGAUCUGAAAAAUUCCUUCGUAGGAAAUAAUUUGAAUCACUACGAGAUACAUCAGGGAGAAGGAAAUACAAACAGCUUGAAUAAUAAUUGUUCUCUUUCUUUUCCAUUAAUAACAAAACCAAAUUAUGAUGAUAAUUCUGCUUCGAAUAUUUUCCACGGGGAACAGAAUUUGCUACCUGAGUAUAACAACGCUGAAGAUAACAUCACAUAUUGUAAUAAGGACAUGAUGCAAGAGCAGAAUAGUUAUUUUUCUGUUUCAGCAUUGAAUAAUGAACAAAUUCUGAACAAUUCGUGUGAUGAUAGGAGUAGUAGACUUGCGUGGAACGAUGACGUAAGCAGAGAAGGUAGUAGUAACAUUGGUGGUAACAUUCCAGGGAAUCACAAUGGCCAGAUAAACCAAACCGUUGACAAGGAGAAAACAUUUUGUGGUCAAAUAGAUACUGAAAAAGUAAUGACGGAAAAUGUAAAAGAAUCAGGGGAUAGUAAAAUACAAUCUCAUCAAGCUUUGUAG